CCCCCCCUCAGAGGUCAGUUCGCUGCUAGUCCUCGCGCGGCGGAAAACUUCGGCGGGUGUAGUCUCUGUUGCCGCCUUUGCCUUCGUCUCUGCAGCAUGGCUUUCGUAACCCGGCAGUUCGUGCGCUCUGUGUCCUCCUCAUCCACUGCCUCAGCCUCGGCGAAGAAAAUCAUCAUCAAGCACGUGACGGUUAUCGGAGGUGGGCUAAUGGGCGCCGGCAUCGCCCAGGUUGCUGCAGCAACUGGCCACACGGUAAUGUUGGUGGACCAGACAGAGGACAUACUAGCAAAAUCUAGAAAGGGGAUUGAGGAAAGCCUUAGGAAAGUGGCCAAGAAGAAGUUUGCAGAAAACCCCAAGGCGGGUGAUGAAUUUGUGGAGAAGACCCUGAACAGCAUAUCAACCAGCACGGAUGCAGCAUCUGUGGUCCACAGCACAGACCUGGUGGUGGAGGCCAUCGUGGAAAACCUGAAGGUGAAGAACGAGCUCUUCAAGAGGCUGGACAAGUUUGCCUCUGAACACACAAUCUUUGCCAGCAACACUUCCUCUCUGCACAUCACAGACAUAGCCAAUGCCACCACAAGACAGGACCGAUUCGCCGGGCUCCAUUUCUUCAACCCAGUGCCCAUGAUGAAGCUUGUGGAGGUCAUAAAGACACCAAUGACCAGCCAGAAGACAGUUGAAUCUCUGAUAGACUUCAGCAAAGCCCUGGGAAAGCAUCCUGUUUCUUGUAAGGACACUCCUGGGUUCAUUGUGAACCGUCUGCUGGUGCCAUACCUCAUGGAAGCGAUCAGGCUGCAUGAACGAGGUGAUGCAUCCAAGGAAGACAUUGACACCGCGAUGAAGCUGGGGGCUGGGUACCCCAUGGGCCCAUUUGAGCUUCUCGAUUACGUGGGCCUGGAUACUACGAAGUUCAUCAUUGACGGGUGGCAUGAAAUGGAUGCAAAGAACCCCUUGUUUCAGCCCAGCCCGUCCUUGAAUAAGCUGGUAGCUGAGAACAAGCUUGGCAAGAAGACCGGAGAAGGGUAUUACAAAUACAAGUGAGGCACAGCUUCUCUGGCUCCGGGAAGAACCCCCAGUUGCCUGGAUUCAUUCACUUUGGAAAAGGGACAGCACUUCCUCCCAGUGCGUGCUGUGUUCAUCACUGCCACGUGGGAGAGGAACGAGCCACUGGACACGUGUGUGCUGUGCCUGUGAAUGCUGUGCUGAGCGGCACAUGCAUCCUGCCUUUAUGAGGACGUGUGCUACCUGCAGCUUCAGGCCUUACCCUACGUUUUGGGCAUAAGAUGUCACGUCUUUAUUCAGCUCAUCCUGUUGGAUUGUGGGAAUACCUCCAUGUGUUUGUUUGCAGGAAGAGGUUUCAUUCACAUCCAAAGUCUGAAUGAUUACUGUCUGUCUCUUUUUUUCCCCCCAUGAGAAAUCGUUGCUGCAAACUGCCUGUAAAUUGAUUCUAAUAAAAUGCAGUCUUUUAAUCGGUGAAAAUUUGAAUUGAAAUAAAUGUGUGUAUAAUUUUAAAGUCGUAACAUG